AUGAGGGUGGAAUUGUACGGUUGUCGAGGUAACUACCAGUCAUUCAAUUACCACUUGAUUCUUUAUUGUUUUUCGCGCAUGCAGAAUCCAUCUUUAACAAAUCUGAAAUACAAGUCAUUCACUACAGGUUUUCUCACUAAUUUCUUAUUGGCAAUUUGCUCUAACAAUUUAGACUGGAAUAAGAUUUGCUGUUUAAUUUUACACAAGUGAUAGCACGUUAAAGUAACAUUGAGCAAGAUUGGUGGUUGUGGCUUUCACCAUGAACAUCUUCAGUACGAGCGUAGCUACAUGCGCACGAGUUGGUAUCUGAACUUACAAUGAAAAAAAUAAAAGUAGACAAACAAAGCAUUAACGGGGAAAGACAGAAUUUGAUAUACGGAAGUCGAAAUUCAGGGGUUAGUUGGACCGUUUCACGGUUAUUUCAACUUUUGACUUUUUGGACAAGUUAGGGAAAAUCCGUCAAUUUCGCUGGAAAGAGCGUCUUCAUUGACUAGUCGAAAAAUUGUAUACUUCAGCCUUUUUCACGUUGUUUGAUCAGUCUUUGCAGUAGUACUCUUUUUAACUUUAAUUCUUUUAAAAUAAGGAUUCUUAUUUUACUCUUGUUAACUGCUUUUAAAUGACUUUACAAACUAGAAUGCAGCUGAAGCUUUUCCAAUUUUGCCACGCGCGUACACGAAGGCCAUCACUGUCAUCUGCCAUCACAUCACUGUUUCUUCCAUACAAAUGAUCAGCGAGAUGUUUAACUCAUCAAAGUAAUGACUAACUUAAAAUUUAAUCAAGGCACUUGUGUGUGGAAACUACCUGGAGGACAAUGUAUGGCGCAUUUGGACAACUGUCCGUAACUCUGAGAAUUCAGUCCUUGUUACGCCUCUUUUACAUAACUAACUCCAAACCAUCGUCAAAGAAGCCUGCGCAAACAACCGUCUGGGCCUUGCUGACCUCGCCGCUGGGGACGUUUAGCCAGGAGGGACAUCAGCGCCUCAGCGACAAAAAUUCCAUACUAAUGAUGUAAAAUCUGUCCAAAUUCUGGUCAGGAGCUCUGAUUGGUCGACGUAGUAGCUUAUUAUUUCAGCUAUUGUUUGCAAAUGACAGACAAACGACAUACGGUCGCUUAGAUGUAAAUGAAUCUACAACAAAACAGUCAAUAUUCGCGGGCAUUCGAUCCUCUUUAGAAAAAUCAUUUGCUGGAGCUUGUUCGCUAAAAGAACAAAAACCUUUUCAUUUACCAUAAUCGACCAGUAUUAAGAUUUUUUGCUAAAGAGCGAAAACCUUUACAUUUACCAUAAUAGACCAGGAGAAACCCCGGGGAGAAACACAAAAUCGAUAAUGACCACCGGAUUCAACUAUGAAAACAUUGAGUUUUGUCAUCAGUAUAUGGAAUUUCUGUCGCUGAGGCAUAGACGUCCCUCCUGACGAAACGUCCCUACUGGCUAGGGACGAGGAGAGUCGGCUAGCUCCCCAAUUAACACAACUCUUCGCGAAAGAAUGAAAAUUUCUAAAUCAUUUGUAUUAUAUCGAGAGUUUUAACUCAGACUUUGAUUUUUUUCCUUUAGACUGCCAUGCAGCGUUAGGAAUUGCAGACGGUACCAUACCUGAUGACAAAAUGGUUGCGUCUUCAAUCUUAUCCGUGAAUGACAAAGCGCACCUGGGCAGACUAAAUUUCGAAGGAGCUUGGUCAGCGGCUGUAAAUGAUCUUAAUCAGUACCUUGGCAUUGAUUUGGGUGAGGACUUCACCGUAACGGGUAUAGCAACACAAGGGAGCAGCGACAAGGCCACAUGGGUAACCAAGUACACCCUACAGUACAAAACUGCCUCGGAUCAUCCCAGCUACUACACAGAGAUCAUGCAAGGACAAGAACGGAUGAAGGUAAACUCACUGAAUGGUUAUUUGAGCAUCAUCAUGAUCAUUUAUACGACACAACCUGCGAAGUGUGACGAAUCGAUACAACUUGGGUCAAUGAUAUCAUUAAUGCACGCGUGCUAUGGUCGGUCGAACUUUUUCCUUCUUUCCUUCCAAUGUUGGCCGCAACAUUGGACAAACUGAUCAUGAGAUGAAAAAAAAAACAUUUCUCAACAACAUUGGGAGGAAAAAAGGGAAGAACCGGGGAAAACAGACCCAGGUUAAGUGUCUUGCAAUUUGAUUGUGGCUCAUGACAGUGUAUUAGAGUCUGUCAAGUCUUCCAAAAACUAUGUUUGAGAAAGAUAUUAUGCUCCAUGAAGGUCACGAGCGUGGGACAAAAAAAUCAGGAUUCGAACCUGUGGCCUCCCAGAAGGACCGCAUUUGGAGAUCCACCCUCUGAGUUUAGGAAAGACUUAUGUUGAAAUCAUGGGUCUACUAUAUGCGUGAUAGAUUCGCUUCUUACAUACUGUUCCAAGUAUAGAUUUACAAGAUAGGCAAGCUUCUGAACUUUUCUGGCCAAAAAAGAUGGUAAAUGUUGAACUCGGAGAUUCCUGACGGGAAAAUGUUGUAUAUUCGAGCUGUCACUAUCGAGUCCUUCCUGAAGCAGGGAGAACUACACUACACGUCACUACAAAUACUAUCUCAGAAAAUGUCAAAAAUAUAUGAACUCGUCCCACCCCAAUAAACUUCUAGCCCCAGUUGUUCAAAAGCCACAGGAUAAAUCUGUACACGCUGCCUUUACAUUUUCUGUUGGCCUUGGAAAGCGAUUAUCAACUGGACAGCGAUUUAUCCAGUGCUUUGCGUCAUCAUGAACAACCGAUAAACCAACGACAACCUGACAAAUUAACUGAACUAUUUUCACCGUAGGAAUUUUCCGGAAACACUGACCAGAACACUCCAGUUUUUCACCACUUAAACCCAGCAAUAAGGGCACGAUACGUACGUUUUCGACCAGUAGAGUGGAAUGGACAUAUAUCAAUGAGGGUGGAGAUGUAUGGUUGUCAAGGUAACUUGUAAAACAAACUAUUUAUUUUCUGAGAGAAAAAUAAACAGAGAUAUAACAGGAAACGAGAAAAAAAAUGAGGAGUCGCAAUAUCCAAGCGAGUGCAUGAAAACCGUGGUUGCUUGUGAUUGAUGCAUUACCACUACCCCACUAGCCAUUGUUGGUGUAAGAACAUCACUAAAAUGCAGUUUUCUCAGGAGUCAGGAGCUCCUGCAGGAGUACAUUCCCCUGUGGGACCGAUCCGCUGUCGCGGGCAUCCUCGUUUCUGGAGACUUUUAGGUCCAGUAAUUUAAACGGAGUUCAGCCAGAGUUGAACAAAACUGCGUUCGAAGCCAUUUUCAGUUUGGUGCACAGUUUUAUGUAAACACCAUUAGUCGUGAACGGUUUCGUAAAAGCAUAUGGCGUACACUUGGAAAAGCAUUUUUGUGAUGUGGAUUAGAAUAGCCUUUGAACAGACCCCCCCCACCUCCCCUUCUCCGAUUUUUCCUGAGGCGGAGGGGGGGUCUGUACACAGGCUAGACUAGAAACUCGAAUUAAUUGAAUUAGUUUGAGAGUCUCUAUUAGGGUCAAGUCUUUUGUGAAUUAAGCUUCUUUUCAGCCACCAGUUUCUCUAUUCUCCGCAGCUAGAGGCUCCCGCUAGCGUUGGGUAUAUAUCCCAAUAAAAAUAACAACAAUAGAAACAGAAAAACCGCGGAGGAUUGCUAGCUGCCCAUAAGUCAACAACUCUUUCUUCGUCGAUCCUAAAGCGGAUGUUGCACGCUCAGACUUGUUGUACGCUCAGAAAUGGUUACAACAAUAUCAAAACAACAAUUGGCGACUAUCACAGUUCCUCAUGAUGUAAUUUGCUUUUCCCACAAAAUUUUGCCUAAGCAGUUUUUCCAAUUUCUCUUGCAAAGGGACUAACAAUCGUCACCUGAGAAACUGAAAGCAAAACUUAUGCAAAAUUUUGUGGGGAGAGCAAAUUGCAUUACGGUCAACAUAAAAGUCGAAUAUAAUCUUUAAUUUUCCUUUUACAAAAGUCCAUGGGCUUGCAGGUAGCUAGUGGUAGUUGGCGGGCGGCCAGACUGGUUCACGCGAAGGGAAAGAUUCCUUUUUUUUUUGUUUUGUUUUUUUUCUUUUUCAUUUUCAUGUUUGUCUAUAUAUGAAGAAUUACACAAAGGAUAGAAAGAAUUUACAGUAUACUAAGGUUUUUCAGCGUAUAAAGUUUAUCGGGAAAAGCUGGUAUCAGCAAACGCAAACUGUACAUAAUACUGAGGUGCCCAUAUUAUGCAGGUGUCCGUAAAGCCGGAGGAGUCUUAGUUUUGUAAUUAUAUCUACGGUUUUAUUGAUUAAAGUAAUGUAGUCAAAAUAGUUUUCCAAGAAAGGUUACAAUCAAUCAAUAAUCUGACAUAUCCAAGGGGAAGUUCUUAUAUCUUUCACCGUCGAAUAAGCUUAUUAUGGGCUGGAACACCCCUGAACAACCCUAGAACCCCUAGAAAUACCCAGGAAUACCCCGGAACAACCUCUUGAGAGAUCGGCACCCCCAGAAUACCCUUAAAUACAAGCAUGUAAGGUGAUAUGGCUGUGUUUAAGCCGCCGGAUGUUGUUAUUUUCCCCAUAUCAUUACAGAUAUUGAUGAAUGUGCUACAGGGGAACAUAGAUGCGACUUAAAAGCUGUGUGCAAAAACACACCAGGCUCAUAUACGUGUUCAUGCACUUCGCCUUAUCAUGGAGAUGGAUUUACUUGUCAAGGUGCACAAAUG